GCGACAACCUGUCUCGAGGCUUGCUAUCUUAUCCCGGACGUCACUGUCAAAGUCGCUUCCUCGCUAUAUAAUCCCUAUCGGCGCCCAUGACUUGCGCCCGGGUCAGACGUCUUCACUGCUCCUUGCUCUAGCUGGAUAACAUGUCGCUGAGGGCAUUCAAGUCGAGGCUGGCGUCGUUCAGCGCUAGAGGACGCUCUCUGGAACCCUCGGAGGAUGCGGACGGUGUCAAAGAUGUGGACGAGAAGCUUGCUAUCAAGGACGAUGUUGGGUCGGUGGUCGAUAAGUUGGAGGAUCCGGACCUCGCGCCUGGAGAGCUCACGUACAAUGAAGCUACUGCUGGAGGAAUGGGUCGCCAUCUUGGCGUCUUCACCUGCACCAUGUUAAUCGUUGGACAUAUCAUUGGCACGGGGAUCUUCUCCACGCCGUCCUCCAUUCUCGAGUCGGUCGGAUCCGUCGGCGCUUCGAUGAUGCUCUGGGUACUCGGGUUCGCGCUCUCGUUCUGUGGACUAUUCAUCUGGCUUGAGUUCGGCACAAUGAUUCCUCGCUCCGGCGGGGAGAAGGUCUACCUGGAGGCGGCUUACAAGAGACCGAGACAUUUAGCGACCAUCAUGUUUGCGACCAAUGCCAUCUUGUUGGGCUUCACCGCAUCUAACUGUAUCGUGUUCGCGUCCAACAUUCUUGAGGCCGCGGGGGCCACCACCACUCGGUGGAAUGAACGUGGAAUUGCGAUUGGAGUCAUAGUCUUCGUGACGAUCUUGCAUGGCUUUACUCCGCAUAUUGGCAUCAUACUCAUGAACCUUCUGAGCGUCUUCAAGAUCGUCAUCCUCGUCUUCAUCGUCAUCGCAGGCUGGGUCGUGCUCUCUGGUCGCACGUCCGUCGCAGAUCCCCACGCCAACUUCCGCAAUGCCUUCGCGGGAAGCUCGCAAAGCAGCUUCGACUACGCCACCGCGACGUUCAAGGUUCUGUACGCCUACGGCGGCUGGUCGUCUGUCAACUACGUCAUGAACAACGUCCGCGACCCCGUGCGCACGCUGAAGAUUUCGGCACCGUUGGGCUUGACCAUAUGCGCCGUGCUCUACCUACUGGCGAAUGUGGCUUACUUUGCGGCGGCGACCAAGGAGGAGAUCGCGAACUCCGGAGUUACUGUGGCGUCACUGUUCUUCGCCAAAGUCUUUGGACCGACGGCGCAGAAGGCGUUGACAGUGUUUGUCGCAUUGAGCGCCCUAGGGAACGUUAUCACAGUAACGUUUUCUUCAGCUCGCGUCAAUCAGGAGCUUGCAAAGGAAGGCAUCCCGCUGCCGUUUGGUAACCGCUUCUGGGCAUCAAAUUGGCCGACUGGGAAGACACCGAUGCCAGGGUUGAUCAUCCAUCUAAUACCUUCCGUCAUCGUGAUCCUCGCACCCCCGCCUAAUAUCGCGUACCCGUUCAUCCUCGAUGUCGAAGGGUACCCGUCGCAGAUAAUCAACUUGUUCGUUGUCAUUGGUCUCUUCUGGCUGCGCUAUCGCAAACCAAAUGCCCACCGACCGUUCAAAGUAUGGUGGCCAUUGGCCGUCUUCUAUCUCGCAGCUGCGGUCUUCCUUCUCGUCGCCCCGUUCAUUCGACCUCCUGGAGGUGUUGGCGAUACGCCUCCGCUGCCGUACUACCUAUACUGCCUCGUUGGCAUCGCAAUCAUGUUUGCGGGCGUACUAUGGUGGGCAGGCUGGCGUGUAGUUCCUCGCUGGUUCGGAUAUAAGUUUGUGGCGAGGAAAGAGGCAUUGAAGGACGGGACUGUGGUUUCCCUGUUCUCUAUUCGAAAGAUAGAGUGAGGAUCCGAGGAGACGGUGGAUACCGCACUGUGUAAGUUACUACUGGAAGUUGAUGGAUUUGGU